GUGUAGUGGCUUUAAAUAUGUAGAUAAUGUCGACCAUUGGAGAUCACUUCGCUCUUUCGACUUAUCCUCUUCAGUCAUUCUUUCCUGUAUCCCUUCAGUUUCAUUAGCACUUUUGAUCGAGACUCACUGUAUCUUCAUACCUUCUUUGCGUACUAUCUCUACGACUCGAACAGCUUCAGAUCUUCAAGAUGGCGGGUGAUAAUGGCAUCUAUCCCUACACCCCCAGCAAGCCGGCCUGUCUAAUUGCAGCUGGACUUUUCGGACUAAGUGCCGUAUACCAUCUUUUCCUGUUGAUUCGAUCAAGAGCUUGGUUCUAUACCUCCUUCGUUGUCGGUGCUUUGAUGAUGACAGCAGGAUACAUCUUCCGCUUCAUUUCCGCUGGGUCUCCCGCCGACCUAGGGCCUUACAUCGGGCAGUCCUUGUUCAUUAUCCUGCCUCCCUCGCUUUAUGCCGCCACGAUCUAUAUGAUAUACGGCCGACUCGUCCUCUUCGUCAACGCCACAGAGGCUUCGAUCAUCCGCCCAACACUGGUUACGAAGGUGUUCGUUUGCGGAGACGUGGUUUCGUUUUUCAUGCAAGCUGGCGGCGGUGGCAUGAUGGCACAAUCCAGCAUGGCGGAUAUGGGACAAAAGAUCAUGCUGCUUGGUCUCUUCGUCCAACUCCUCUUUCUCGGAUUCUUCCUCUGCAUCUCGCUGGUAUUCUGGAAACGCAUGUCGAAGUCGCCGAAGCAGUACGCUAUCCCGCAGUACGGCAAGCACGCAUGGGACAAACUCCUGAAGAUGGUGUUGGGCGCUGCGGUGAUCAUCAUCCUGCGAUGCAUCUUUCGUGUCAUCGAAUUCGCGCAAGGACACAACGGCUACCUCGUCAGCCACGAGAUAUAUAUGUACAUCUUUGACGCGGCGCCCAUGUUGGGUGUACAGAUCAUGAUGCACUUUGUAUACGCGGCGGAAGUUUUCGGCCGCGGACAGGGGACGUACUUCGUUUCUCGCAUCCGCGGACAUCAUAGAGCAAUCAAACUCUUGUCUUCUCCAAGUACCACGGUUUCGCCACAGUCACCCUAG